AAUAAUUGGGGGCCUGUUUUUCUCUUUGUUUUCUUUUUAGAAAUUUGAUGCUGAUCCAGUUGAAUUAUUUGAAAUUCCAGUAAAGGAAUUAACAUUUGACCAGCUCCAGUUGUUAAAGCUCGCUCAUGUGACUGCACUAAAAUCUAAAGAUCUGAAAGAAUCUGUGGUUGAGGAAGAAAAUUCUUUUUCUGAAAAUCAGCCAUUUCCUUCUCUUAAGAUGGUUUUAGAGUCUUUGCCAGAAGACGUAGGGUUUAACAUAGAAAUAAAAUGGAUCUGCCAACAGAGGGAUGGAAUGUGGGAUGGUAACUUAUCAACAUAUUUUGACAUGAAUCUGUUUUUGGAUAUAAUUUUAAAAACUGUCUUAGAAAAUUCUGGGAAGAGGAGAAUAGUGUUUUCUUCAUUUGAUGCAGAUAUUUGCACAAUGGUUCGGCAAAAGCAGAACAAAUAUCCCAUAUUAUUUUUGACUCAAGGAAAGUCUGAUAUUUAUCCUGAACUCAUGGACCUCAGGUCUCGGACAACCCCCAUUGCAAUGAGCUUUGCACAGUUUGAAAAUCUACUGGGGAUAAAUGCACAUACUGAAGACCUGCUCAGAAACCCGUCCUACAUUCAAGAGGCAAAAGCUAAGGGACUAGUCAUAUUCUGCUGGGGUGAUGAUACCAACGACCCUGAAAACAGAAAGAAAUUGAAGGAAUUUGGAGUUAAUGGUCUAAUUUAUGAUAGGAUAUAUGAUUGGAUGCCUGAACAGCCAAAUAUAUUCCAAGUGGAGCAGUUGGAACGCCUGAAGCAAGAAUUGCCAGAGCUUAAGAGCUGUUUGUGUCCCACUGUUAGCCGCUUUGUUCCCUCAUCUUUGUGUGGUGGGGAGCCUGACAUCCAUGUGGAUGCCAAUGGCAUCGAUAACGUGGGGAGUGCUUAGUUUUGAUUGGACAGAGGCCAUUGUGGGGCAUGUACCGCUGUUCUGGAUAUUCAGUUUUCAUCAGUGAAGCAUUGUUUUUCUAUGUCUUUUAGGUUUCUUGGUCCAAUGAAGCAAUAAUGAAGUAUUUUACUAUUUCACUACUGUUCUUGCUAGAAUUUCAAAAGUAUGCUAUUUAAAUCACUUGGCCAGGUAUAACUACCAGUCAUUCUCUUUACAAUGAGAAAAUUUAUUGGUUGGUAAAUAUUUUAAACUAAAUAUGUAAACGUAUAAUGUUAAACAAAUGUUCAUUAAAAGCAUAGCACUUUGAAAUUAACUAUAUAAAUAUCUCAUAUUUACACUUCUUACAGCUUUUCAUUUGAUCAGGCCUGAAAUAUUUAGUACUUGAGGAACGUGGCUGUGCAUAAUUAUACCUGACCAUGGAAGAAAUAAGUACCUCAAAUGCAUGCAUUUGCACUGGUGAUUCCAACUGCGCAAAUCUUUGUGCCAUCUGUGUAUAUAUGUGUUUUUUACAUGUGUUGACAUGCACAUAUACCAUUUUCAUUCAGUAUGAACCUUGAGGCUGCUGCCAUCUUCCCACUUAACCAAACCAAUGCCUGUGUAAACAGCCUGGGGGUGAUCCUUAAAAACUUGUUUCAUGCGUCUUUCAAAAGUUGUUUUGCAUAAAUGUUAAAAUUUCACAAUGCUGCAGGGUAAUCUAAUGUAUAAAAUAUUAGAAGUAUGUAUUGCAUACUUAGUAGAGUAGAUCAUAAUGUAUAAAUUCUAUUCAAUGCAUGCUUUAGGUUUCAAGCAUGAGAUUGUUCACGUUUACUGUAAGUCCUUGCAUCUGUGGUGCUAGGUGAGUGUGAGAAGAUGUCAAGGACUGAAGAUAUUUUGUUGCCUAAAAAAAAAACUCUGUUUGUAGGCAUUUUGAAUACGCUUAUUUUAAGUGUCUCUCACUACCUAUUACACACAGUUGCUUUGUGGGUUUGUUUUGUGUGUGUGUCUUGUACAGUAGUUAAAUCUCCAUGCAGAAAAAUAAAUGUCCUGAAUUCUCAUAUUGGUAUUCUUUAUUGGUUAAUGUAUAUCAUGCAUGUAAUUUAUUUAGGAAUGUAGAAGAUCCUACUAAGUGUAUAUGCAUGUUUUUAGGAUUAUACUAAUGUUUCCUUCAUCAGAAGCAGUUUGUUUUGGCAUAACUGUAAUUUAAGAAUGAAUGUUAAAUAAAAUACACAGAUUUAUUUUCUUCAUUAUAAAAUGUAAUUUUAAAAAGGUGUUACUUUUGUGGAAUUGGUUCUAUAAUAUUCUUAUGAGAAGUUGGAAUUUAGUACCUACCCUAAAGGGAUGGCUUGUUUGCGUCUCCAUUUUACUGCAUGUUCUUCACUAGGCAGUUUAUUCAUGUACUGACAUAUUUUGGUAGUAGCUGAGAACCUAAGACUUGGAAUUACGCAUUGUAUCUUUUUAUUUUUUAAGUCAAACAAUCCAGUUUGGGUCAGAUCUUAAUUGUGUGAGGAUAGGCUUUGAAAUCCUGUGGUACCAUGUUUGUAACACUGAUGUUUGAUGGAAAAUAGUUGGAAAUGGAGUCUUCUACAAGGGUUCUAUAUACUUUUCCCAUGUUGAAUGAGAUUUUCCAACUCUUUGGUGUGAAUUAGGCACUUUUAGAAAUCUUCUGAAAAAAUUAGUUUUCUUCAUCUGUAGACCUCUGUACAAUACAAGUACCAUUACCUCUGGUCACUUAAUUAGCCAUAUAUGCACAUUUCUAGGCCUCUUUGUUUGUUUUAUGCUUUUCCAGUUCCAGCCUCAUUUUGAAGACUCGCCAGAUGAUAAAGGGAAAGAAGAGAGGAUGAGGAAAGGAGGUGAUGGGGGGUGUGGAGUUUUCCUGAACAGUGUAAUUUGCUGAGAAGGACUUAGACUGCUCAUGACACAGACAGAACCUCAUUGCUCACUUUCUUUCCUGUCUCUUCCUGACCUUACAAGCCAGGGUUAGUGUUGAUUAAAACAUAACAGACAGUGGCUCCCCAUUUUUAUAGGACUAAGCCUGGGCUUCCAUGUCACUAGCUGUUGCCGUGUACACUCUGCGCCUGUGCUAGGCCCUGGCCACACCAUGCGCCUACACUCUCCCUGUGUGUAGCCGUGUGCCCUCGGCCUAGAAGCUUUGACCUCCCCGCAGAUGCUUUCUCCUUGCCAAACUCAUUUCUCCUUGAGCCCUUGACCUCUCUCCCCUGAGCCCUUGCUGAAACUCCUUCGGAAGGGAUGGCUCGAUCGUUUUUACUCCAUAGCCAUGUGUUCAUAUCUUGAUCACGCCGUGCGUCUUAGCACAUUCUGGGUGGGCACGGUUGAUGUUUGUCUCAUCUGCCAGGCUUCGGGCUCUUCAAGGGCGGGGACCUUGUCUUACUCAUUUUUAUUUCCACAGUGCGUGGAACAUAGUAGAAAAUAAAUGUUGGAAUUAUUGGGAUAAUAUAAUUUGUAUCAAAUGCCCUUUUGAAUUAAGAGAUUUAGAUAUGUUUACUAAGAAGGUAAACUUUGAAUUGGUUUACAUUUUGACAGUUGGGACAGUUUCUUGAUGUCAAUUUUAAAUGUAGAGGUAUAACGUUAAUUGUUUUAUAUUUUCUGGAAAUUGAGUGAAAUGUUUGAUAAAAUGCUGCCAUUGUUCUCUGGUAUUUUCUACUCUCUGGAAUUAUGUACUGUAACUGACUGAUGUAAAUGUGAGGAACAUACUCAUUCCUCUGUGGUAGUGCCUGAGGCCUCCACAGCCGCCCGUUUACCUCACUCCCAUUGCUCCAUGUGACCCUUCCCUUUCUUCUCCCCUCCAGACCCCACGCUCACGGCUACCUCAGUACCGCUUUCCUUGUCUGAAAUGCCUUCUCUGUCUUCCUUCAGUGUCCAGCUCAAGUGCCACCUCCUCCAUAAAACUGCCUCCGCUUUUGAUCAGUCACGAUGCAGACGGCCUCUAAAUCUCACUACUCCAUUUUGCAGCUGGGGUGAUAAACCCAGAGAAGUCCCCUGACUUACCAGGCCGGGAGUGGAACUGAGUUUUGUGACUCCUAAUCCUAUGUUCUUAAACUACUCUGCCUUCUGAAUUCUUAGGGCAUUUCUUAGCAUAUGCUUUCUUAGAGUCCAGCUUACUAUGUGCCUGUCCUAUUUCCCUAAUAAGAUUGUAAGCCCCUUAAGGGCAGGGACUUCUUUGCAUUCUACCACUCCUAUAGUAUUCUAUAUUUAGUUAUGAACUAGAUAAAUAAAUGGUGGUGGCAACAA